GGGUCAGCAGGGGUCAGCAGGGUCAUCGGGGGAGCCAAGGGGUCAGCAGGGGGUCGCAGGGGUUACCGGGGGGUCCCAGGGGUCAUCAGGGGUCACCAGGGUCAUCAGGGGAACCAAGGGGUCAGCAGG